AUGAAGACUCAACUCACACAGUUUACAGGAGGCAAGACUGCAUAUCCUGUGUAUCUGACUCUUGGGAACCUCCCACGAGCUAUCCGUUGCAAACCAUCACAACAAGCUUGCAUACUCAUAGCCUAUCUAUCUGUCAGCAAGAUGGUAGGCAAGCAGCUCACUAAGAAGCAGAAGUCAACAAGAAUUCAACAACUGUUCUACGACUCAAUGCAUAUUGUCCUGGAUCCACUGAUAGAGGCGGGAAAGAAAGGGAUGGAGGUGACUGGGGGGGAUGGCAAGGUGCGGAUAAUGUACCCCAUCUUGGCUUGCUAUGUCGCAGAUUAUCCAGAACAGUGUCUGGUAACAUGCCCCAAGUAUAGGACAUGUCCAAAGUGCCAAGUAAGUGAUGAUGAGAUGGGUGAGAGAGAAGCAGCAGGCUGGAGGACUCAACGCAGGACUUCAAAGCUCAUAUGUAUUGCUAGGGAGAAGGUGACCUCUAUCAGCAACUUUCAAGAACUAUGCAAAGCAGACAACAUAUCAGGAGGAGUUUGUCAUCUUUUUUGGGAGGACUUCCCUCAUUGCGAUAUCCACAUGGGUAUAACCUCAGAUAUUCUUCAUCAGCUGUACUGGGGAGUCGUCAAGCACCUGGAACACUGGUGCACCAGUCUAAUGACAACUGCAGAGUUGAAUUCCUGUGCGUUACAGGUGAUACUCUGCUAUAGAGCUCUACUCGACUUUAUCUACAUGGCCCAGUAUCCCACACAUGAUGACUCUACCCUCCAGUAUCUCACCAACGCCCUGGAUGAAUUUCAUGCAAACAAGGACAUCCUGGUGGAUCUUGAAAUACGCAAUCACUUCAACAUACCAAAGUUCCACUCGAUGCUGCACUAUGACGAGUGCAUACAUAAUUUCGGAACUACCUAUAAUUAUAAUACUGAAAUGUUCGAACAAUUUCAUAUAGACUAUGCCAAGGAAGCAUGGAGAGCAUCCAACUUUCACAAUUAG